AAGAGGAGGGACGGUCCAUAUCUUGAUUGACCCAUGUCCCCAUGAACCCCGCCAUAGCCCCACUAAAGAUCAAAUACCGAGAUCUGGCUUACACAAAGCUACUUACAAAGUCGCACAAGAGCCCUCUCACACUCGCCUCAAUUUGAUUAAGAAAGCUUUGAAACAUCACCUGUACAUAUCACAACCACGGAACACCAGCAUGGCUGAAAAGAGUAUCGUUCUGAUCACUGGUGGCAACACCGGAAUCGGCUAUGAAACCAUCAAAGCCUUAUAUGCGUCUUCCGAAACAUAUACCAUCUUGAUGGGCAGCCGUUCCCUUGACAAGGCCAAUGCCGCCAUUGAGACCCUCAAAGCCGAGAUCCCCACCUCAAACUCAGAUCUUGUUCCAAUCCAGAUCGAUAUCGAGGACGACCGGUCAAUUCAAAAUGCCUUCGACGAAGUUAAGUCGAAGUAUAACAAAGUCGACGCUUUGGUCAAUAACGCCGGAGCUGCCUUCGACUACCUUAUGCGCGGCGACUCUUCGCCCUCCGCAAUCCGCGCUGCAUGGGACAAAGCCUACUCCUUGAAUGUCACCUCCACACAAGUCUUUACCACAACUUUCAUCCCCCUACUCCUCGCUUCGAGCUCUCCGCGCCUGCUCUUCGUGACCUCAGGCCUGUCGUCGCUCACCACAACGUCCGGCAGCAAAGCAACCUCCAUCAUCCGCGAGUCCAGCACGCCAGGCUGGCCAAAGCCGCCGGCACGCAGCCAGAUCGCGUACCGGAGUAGUAAGACGGCGCUGAACAUGAUGGUGUUGGACUGGGAGAGAUCGUUGGAGCCCGAUGGUGUGAAGGUGUUCGCGAUUAGUCCAGGAUUUUUGGCAACGGGUCUGGGAGGAGCAGGGCAGAAAUUCAUGAGGAAGAUGGGAGCGGGAGAGCCGAGUGUGGGUGGAGAGUUCAUUCGGGAUGUUGUGCAAGGGAAGAGGGAUGCGGAUGCCGGAAAGGUUAUUAACAAGGAUGGAGUGCAGCCUUGGUAGUUCUGGACUGUUCCAAGGCUGGAAGUGCUUUUAGACCGGCUUGGUCAGUGGCCACUAGCGAAGAGCUGAGACAGUUGACUGUAUGAAGGUAGAAAAACGCAAAUACACACAUCGAAGAUACAGAACA